ACUCAAUUUCCUCAACUUCAAGCCCUCAAAGAACCCACAUUGCGCCUCUUCACCACAGCAACCAUGGGGCCCUUCGACUACGCACAAGACCGGCCGGAGAACAUCGACGUAAUUCUCAAUGGCCUCGACCGCUACAACCCCGAAACCACCACUACGUUCCAGGACUAUGUGAUGGUGCAGUGCGAGAACUCAGCCUUCUACGACUGCUACGCGAACCUCGCCCUCCUAAAACUAUACCAGUUCAACCCCCACCUCACCCGCGACGAAACCAUCACCAACAUCCUCGUCAAAGCCCUCACCGUCUUCCCCAACCCGGACUUCAGCCUCUGCCUCUCCCUCCUCCCGACCCACGUCCUGCAGAAGAACACCGCGUCCGCCGGCGACGGCUCGCUAGCCGAGGCGGUGCAGAAGCUCAACUCGCUCAACAACCUGCUUGCGGGAGCCGACUACACCGCUUUCUGGGAGAAGCUUGAUUCCGACGAUCUGUACGCGGAUCUGAUUGCCGAUGUCAGCGGCUUCGAGGACUCGAUGCGCGUGCGGAUAGCGGUGACGGUGGGCCAGGCGGUGCGGGAGGUGGAGAAGGGACUGCUGGAGAGCUGGUUAAAUCUGCAAGGGCCGGAGUUUGAUCACUUUGUGCAGGUGUUUGGGUGGGAAAUUGCUGGUGACAGCAUCAAGGUGCCUUUGAACAAGGAGAAUAAGGCCGAGGGGACGAUCGUGACGGAGAACGUCAAAUUCGAGCAAUUUGGACGGUUGAUCAAGCGAGCGUACGAGCAACCAGCGUAGGCAUUUGUUGCUGUUUGAUGUUCGACUUCUGUUGGAACAGGCUUAUACCUGUUUAAACUGUUAUACUUCACGGCUGAAUGGACGAAGACACGAGAUUUGGGUGGGAGACCUUGCAGGGCACGGCGUUAGGAGAGGCA